CGCUCCGGCGGCAUCCUGCGGACAGCGCAUGCGCAGCGCGGCCCGCUUCCCCGCGUGGGUGUCUCGCUGGGGUGGGCAAGGAACGGCGGGGGGAGGGGGGUGCUGAAUGAAAACCGGAAGCGGAAACGCCGCGGGCAAAUAAACCGCUUUUCCUUCAGUUAGGCGGAUUCCGCCCCGCUUCCCUCGACCGCUGCGCUCGGCCCCGCUCCCGCGGCGCUGAGCCCUAACCGCCGUAACUGCCGCCGGCCUGCCCUGCCCUGCUGCCGGAGCCCGCGGCCGCCGCACGGGGGAGGGGUUGCUGCCCGUCGCGCCGCCGCCUUCGCGCCGCGGAGCUCUUCCCGGGCCCUCGCCGUCUCGCCCGCCCGCGUCUCUGCCUGGCGGCCGCGAUGUCUGACAAGGAAUUCAUGUGGGCCCUCAAAAACGGAGACUUGGAUGAGGUGAAGGACUAUGUGGCCAAGGGUGAAGAUGUCAACCGGACACUUGAAGGUGGGAGGAAGCCUCUACACUAUGCAGCAGACUGUGGACAGCUUGAAAUUCUGGAAUUUCUGCUAUUGAAAGGAGCUGAUAUUAAUGCUCCAGACAAACAUAAUAUCACACCACUCCUAUCAGCUGUCUAUGAGGGCCAUGUUUCCUGUGUGAAAUUGCUUCUGUCAAAGGGUGCUGAUAAGACUGUGAAAGGCCCAGAUGGACUAACUGCCUUUGAAGCCACUGACAACCAGGCAAUCAAAACUCUUCUUCAGUGACAGAUGGACUGAUAUCUUAAAUGUCUCUCCUGUGGCCUCACACUGCUGCCUGUCUGUCACUCUUUGCAUCUUCCAGCUUCUUCAGCUAAAUACUUUGGGGGGAGGGAAAUUCUCUGUGAAUCAGACUAGUUAGGGGCUUGUAUCAAAGAUAAUCUGUUUGGAGAGGGUUGAAAACUAUUACAAACAGCGUCCCUCUAGGAUGUCUUUUCAGUGCACAAUCUCUUCUCAUUUCUAGUGAAAAUGGAGGGAGGAAGAGAGACCAUGAUCUUGAAUUCUUGGCUUGUAAACUUCCUAAGUUAGUACUAAGGUUUUUGUUCAAAGAUCCAUUUAGACGAUAGUACUGUGCUAUGUACCCAAGACUGUAAUUGUGAAGGAGACAAUAGUCCCAUGGUAUUAGUGUCUGCCAUAAUCUGAAGUGUAAUAAUAUAGGUGGCUGGGUUGCUUUUCUCUCCUCUCUCAAUGGGUAGCUUUAUCCUUCUGUCUAAAGCUUACAUUGCAGUUUCCAGGACUUUUGAUAGUAGUUAAUGGAGAUGUUCUUCAUAAUGACUAAUUGGAUGUCACACUAAUGUUUUUCUGACUCUUGAGGAAACCAGGAAAGAUCAGCUGAGGCAAGGCCUUGUUAACACUCCAGAAUAUCUGCCAAGGUACUUUUGGAUGCUUGAACUUUGUUUUCUUUCCCAUAUGUGUUCUAGUCCAGAACAGAAGUUUUAACCAGCUGUUUUUAAGAAAAUUGAAAAUGUCACUAGAAUUAUUACCAGAAGGAUUGUAAGAAGGAAUUUCUUUACUCACCAUGCCAGCAUGAAAAUCAAUAGGCUGAAAAUGCAUAGGCUGUGAAAGUUUCAGGCUGUUUGGUGUGCAGAGAUAAUCAAGUGAAAUGUACAAAAUGAACAAUAAUUUAGACAUUCAUAUCAGAGGUAAAUGUAGUUGCUAAACUUUUUGGUAAACUUUUAAACUAUAAGUAAAGCUCCCUAAAUUUAGCUGUUGGGAACAGGAAGACUUAGGAGUAGAAAUCUUAACUUGCUGUAACUACUGGUGUGUGUGAGGGGGGUAGGGGGAGGACAUUAAUCGUGCAUAUCCUUGAAUUCAUGUUUCAUUGCUGGCUGAAUGAACCUCUUAAAAUUUAUUACUAAGGCAUGGAGCUUGUUCUGAAAGCUCCCACUACAACCCUACCACAUUAACUAUCAACUUUUAGAUAAGAUUUACUGUUCUACUAAAUAUGGCAGUAAUAUGACAGCCUUGACAACUUAUGGGAAGGUAUUUAAAAUAGUGAUAGGGAUUCCUGUCACAUCCUACAGCUCUCAGGAAUGUCAGAGCUUCUGGCUUUCAUCCUGAAAAUUUUUUUUCAGACUGCCAGUUCACUCAAGAGUGAAUAACAGGUUUUAUAACAAAAAAGCAUAUACCAUAAAGUUGUACAUCUUCCUUUUUCUUAGAUGUAGAUUUCAAAUUUUCUGGUACCAUACAAAAAACUGUAUAUAAAAUUUUGUGCUGAAUUCUUGAACAAAAGUAGCUGACAUUAUUCUGAUAUCAUAGCUGAAACUGGGAGGGUGCGCAGAAGUAGGCUGGUGACUACCACCCAAAUAUUUAAUGGAGAUCAGUUUUACUUGAAUAGUGUUGCAUAUUAUUAUUGAAUGUCUCAGCUAUAAGACAUGUGUUUGAAUGAUAAAAUGAGACCCAAAACUGAUUUACAUGUAUGCAUCCCAUAAGAAAAGCAGUGGGGGGUUUGAAAUCAACUCUGGCCAUAAACUAUACAGUGUAAUUAACCAUUUCUUCUUGGAAAUGGGUGGCAAGACUGGAAAUCAGUGGUAAAUCAAUUGGUAAGCUGUUCAUAAAAUGACAAGCAUGCUUGGUGAGCAGUACUUUUUAAUGAGUACUUAAAGAUAACGCUGUAAUCUUAACUCUGAUCAGUGCUGAAUUGUAACGUCAUUGCAAUAGUGUGAACAUAGAAUAUAGGUUUAACUUUUUAUUCAGUUAUGAAAGUAACCAUCCUUGGCAUAAAUUUGUCUCCAUAUUAUGCUCUUAAAUACUUAGCUAUUAAAAUGCUAGUCUAGAAAACUGCAAUCUAUUUUAUGUGGGAAACUUGAAUAAUCAAGCUUUUUGUGUUGAUUAGUGUUAAGUUGUCUGGCCAUAGGUGUUUUUGUUUUGUUUUUUCCCUCUGCUGUACUCUUCCCCUUUCCCUGCCUUCAAAUCUCAUUUAAGUGAGCAUUUUCCUAGCAAAGAAACAUCUUUGUACUAACUCUUCUGGUGAUUCACUGAGGCAAUUUUGCCUGCCUUUUUCUACAAUUGUGUGAACACCUUAUUCUUUCUUACUCGAGGAAAAAAUGCAAACUUCAAGUGUGAAUUUGGCUGUAGUGUACACCCAAGCUGCCUUUCCAGAUAGUUAAAAGAUGGCAUUUAGUGUUUGAAUCAUAAAAAAGAAAUAUUUUUUUUUUGCUUUUUUUGCACUACAUGACAGGUGAUUGAUCAUUUUGCCCAGGACUUUCAAAAAAUAAUGAUGAUAAAAGCUAAACUUUCAUAAUUGUCUAGAAACUGGGCUCGUUCGUUAAUUCCCUUCCUUCUAGCUCUGUUGUGAAGAAAAGAUAGGUUGCCUACCUAUAUCUUUGAGUCGGUCCUAACUAGAUGAAAAUACCAAACUGUAAAUUAUUUUACGUUCUGUAAACAGUAGUUAAAUACUUUGUCAGACUGGAAACACAUACACUUGGAAAUCUACUCUCUUCUUGCACCUUUUCCUUUCAAACUUUUGCUCAAUAAGUUAUAACCUAAAAUGUAUUUUGGAUUUUAUACCUGCUGCUCCUUUUUCUUAAGGAGGAGUAACUAGGAAAAGUAGUACAAUAAUUAAAUGGAACUUUUCUCCUUUUUCUUGAACAUAGCAUUGAAUUAUUUGCAGAAGAGGCUGGUAAGAGUGGAGUGUCCUAGGUCAAGCAAUUGCAGUGUUGCAUGCAAAAUUUCAAAAUGAACUGUCUUAAUUAUAUUUUGUAAAUGGAUAAACAAUCAUCUUUCUACGCAGUGAUGGAAGAAAAUUAGUGCUUUGUGCAUUUUGAUAUUUGACUUACUCUUUUCACCAUUGUAACUGUUUUGACACAGUUGGGUUCACAUUAUCAUGGUUCAUAGACAUCAGAAUGCUAAAUGAUACUGUAUUUUUAAGUUUGUGUUGCAAGAACGAAUGGAAUAAACUUGAAUUGUGCGA